GACAGCAGAGAAUAAAUGAACAGGUGAUGACCAAGGUACUCUCUAGGCCUCUAACUGAGCGUUUACGGGGAAAUUCAUAAAUAUUAAGCUCAAUCGAAGGCAGCAAAAGCUUCCUCUAAAAAUUUCUGGCUACGAGUUCUAGAUACUGCUUUCUCCUCCGUUAUGUAACGGAGAGCUGAAUUCUGGAUCAAACUUCCAUUAAAGAUGAUUUUUAUAGUCAACGAGCGACGUCAGGAGUGAUGACACCAGAGGCGGUUCGACAGAGCCCGUGUUGAAGCCAGUCCUCCGCGGUGACUCAUCGGCAGGCCGGGGAGAACCGUACCUUUAGGGUGGAGGCGGCCAGGCCAGUCUCGGCUUCGCUCUCCCCGGGCCCCGCCCGUCCGGCUCCAGUCGCUGUCAACCGCCGCCGCGAGCAACGCUCCCCGAGUCCGAGGCAGAUUAGUCACCAUGGCAAACCUUGGCUACUGGCUGCUCCUCCUCUUUGUGGCCACGUGGAGUGACAUUGGCCUCUGCAAGAAGCGGCACAAGCCUGGAGGGUGGAACACUGGUGGAAGCCGAUACCCUGGACAAGGCAGCCCUGGAGGCAACCGUUACCCACCGCAGGGUGGCGGCACCUGGGGGCAGCCUCAUGGUGGUGGUGGCUGGGGACAGCCCCAUGGUGGUGGUGGCUGGGGACAGCCCCAUGGUGGUGGUGGCUGGGGACAGCCCCAUGGUGGUGGUGGCUGGGGUCAAGGAGGGAGCACUCACUGGAACAAACCCAGUAAGCCAAAAACCAACAUGAAGCAUGUGGCAGGUGCUGCCGCAGCUGGGGCAGUAGUAGGGGGCCUUGGUGGCUACAUGCUGGGAAGUGCCAUGAGCAGGCCCCUCAUCCAUUUUGGCAAUGACUAUGAGGAUCGUUACUACCGGGAAAACAUGUACCGUUACCCCAACCAAGUAUACUACAGGCCUGUGGAUCAGUACAACAACCAGAACAACUUUGUGCACGACUGUGUCAAUAUCACGGUCAAGCAGCACACAGUUACCACCACUACCAAGGGGGAGAACUUCACUGAGACCGACAUCAAGAUGAUGGAGCGUGUGGUGGAACAGAUGUGCAUCACCCAGUACCAGAAGGAGUCUCAGGCCUAUUACGAUGGAAGAAGAUCCAGUGCAGUGCUCUUCUCCUCCCCUCCUAUGAUCCUUCUCAUCUCCUUCCUCAUCUUCCUGAUAGUGGGAUGAGGAAGUCAUCCUGCUCGCACCUUCUUGUUCUUGUGGUCCAGGCUGAGGGAGGUGGGGAUCCACCCAUAGCGCUUUUAAUUAAGGUGGAGGCUCAUUCUCACUUCUCUCUUUGUCCCCCAUAGGCUAAUAUACUUGGCACUGAUGAGCCCAGGAAAUGUACAGUAGCCUGGAUGCUAUUCACUCCAGAUUCCUUUGAGUGUGUCCUUCAUGGGCCAGUGCUAAUGGCAAGCCAGCAAGAAUAUAACAGCAAGUAAUCCUGGUUAAUCUAGCAUUGUGUUGGUCUAGGGCAACAGGUUAAGGCUAAAACAGAUCUCAAAACAGUCUUCAAGGACCUUUGUCUGAAUACAUCUGAUUCCUUAAGCAACCAGAGCUCAGGACACAAAUGCCCCCAGCUUAGCAGAUUUCAUAGCAGUUUGGAGAGUUUUUUAGCCCUUUUAAGAAAACCUGACAGCAUUCCUAACAAAUUUGGAAAUGGGCCGCAUGACGCUCAUUCGUACACAGAAAGCAGGAAAGAUCAGGCCGCUGAAGCCUGUGCCAUGUGUCUGCAGGGAGCUGAAGCAACAGCUGCAUCGAAUAAAUACUGGUGUGACCCCUGACCUACACCCAGAGGAUGUAGUGACAAGGGACUCACAUAACAAAAGGUUCUACACCUGUAAAAUCCACUGUUCGAGCAUAGUGUCGUAGGAGACUGCCUUCCAUGUAGAGAUGUUUAAAGCAUCCAUGUAUGACAUUCUUUUCCAUAGUAACAUGAACUGUAGCCAAUUAAGGCAGCAAAAAGAAUUACAUUAUCCUCUAAACACCAAAGGCAAACCUUUGUUCAUUUCCUAGGAACUAGAAUGAUUUUCUUUUAAUGUUGCUUAGGUGGAACCAGGAGAUUUUGACUCUGAAGGAAGCUAUAAACUGCUCAAUGAAGAAAGUGACCAGGUCACAAGGUCAAGACGCCCUUGAAUUUCUUCAUUUCUGUCUCCUAACUGUCCAAAACCUUGGUUUCUGUGCUGGUUUGAUUCAGAUAACAAAGAGACAAUCUGAAAAUUCUCUUCAGUUGCAGAUGACAGAGAUAUGCUCCAUUCAGAAUGGGGAAAAGAAAUUCUGUGUUAUUUAAGGAAGGUAAAAUUACCCCGAAUUGUUUAAUCUUGUCACUGAAGAGAUUCACAUUGCUACUCUGCAAUACUGUUGGCUAGCACUGUGCCCAUAUUCUAUGUGAAAUAUAUAAAAUACAGUUACAAGCUUAGGUGUUUUGUUUACAGCAUUGCUGUGUUUAACCCACUGAUCACUCCAUAAAGUACUAAGUGCUUACCACGUGUGAAGCUUUUGUGUAGCCCUUAGGCUUUCAAUGCCCGCUGAGUAGUUUUGUGUAAAAAUCCAAAGUGGACCCCGAACUGCUCUUUGAAAUAUGCAUGUAUUUCCUAUUUUCUAUAUUUGUAACAUUGCAUGUACUUGUUCUGUCAUAUAAAAGGUUUCUAACUGUUUGCUACCUGACUGAAAUUAAACAGGAGCUGCGAUGAGCGCCCUGCA